AUGGACAGGGAUCGCGACCGAGACAGAAGACCCUUCCCUCGCGAAGACCAAUACGGUGACGGCCGAGGUCAAUCCUAUCGCCCUCCUCGUUCUCCCGUGCCUCGAUCAGAUACUUACCGCGCUCCUCGCUCUCCGCCGAGAGGAAACGCAUAUGUCGACUCGUACCGCGCUCCACCAAGAAACCGUAGCCGCUCGCCGCCGCCAUUCCGUCGUCGCUCACGAAGCCCUCCCCCAUUUAGGCCCAGAGAUGGAGGAGAUUCUUAUAGAGGAAGAGCUCGCUCACCACCACCUAGGAGGGGCGGUUUCAUGAGAGAUGAGAGUUAUCGACCACCUCCUCCCUCGCGCUUCCACAGAGACACACUGCCAUACAACACCCGUUCACCAGUACGUGCUCCUCGCGAUCGUUCACCUCUUCCUCUGAAGCGUGGUCGUGAUGUUUCACCUGCUGGUAGCCGUGGCAGAAGAUCACCUCCUCCCCCAGCCAAGCGUGAGAGACUGGAUUCACCGCCCCGCUCAAGAUACAAUGCAUAUCCUCCAUCGAGAGACGUUAGCCCUGGACCUGGACGCGAUAGACGAGAGAUGCGCUUGACUCCUCCUCGUGGUGUCACUCGCGGCUACCGUCUUUUGUCACGCUCGCCUAUACAUCACAAUGAGAACAUCAACCCACGCAAGGUCGACUGGAGACGUCGUUCGCCAUCACCACAAAGACCUCGUCCUGAUCUUAUCUCGAACGAACACUCUGGCGCUGCCAGUGUCACCAGCUCAAGACGCUCAUCCCCACCUAUCCACCCCAGUAGACUUGCCGCGAUCGACCCUCUGCCUAAAGAAGACUUGUUCGCAAAUCGCGUCCCUCGACCUAUUUCGCCAGCUCCCGCUCCGCCCAGAUCGCCUGUCGUUUCGAGACCUCGAUCACCCAUUCCUUCUAGACCUAGAUCGCCUAUUCCCUCACGUCCCAGAUCACCAAUCGCACCCCCAGCAGAUGUCCGCUCGCCUUUGCGUGUCAAGCGCGAACCCACACCUCCUCGCGAGCGCGAGAUACCCACUGGUCCAGCCGCUCGUGCCCCUCCGACAGGCCCGGCAAAACAAGACGACGCCCCGCAAGUCAGAGCGCCGCCAACAGGUCCUGGUGCUUCCAGAUCAUACGCCCAAGCUACUGGCGACGCACCUAUCCCUACUGGACCGCGAUUGAGGGCGAACUCGCCUCCUACACAUCCAAGAGGAGGCAUGAUGGGAAGAGGAGGAUUCCAAAGGGAUUAUCCUCCACGAGACUUUGGCUCGCGUAAUGAUUACCAUGGAUCACGAGGAAGAGGAGGACCUUACGGCGGGCCGUCUUAUCGCGGAGGCCGUGGCGGCGGUUAUGCUACACAGUACAACAGGGACCAAGACUUUGCUUCAGUACCACCUUCAGGCCCUCGUGGUUCGAUGAGUUCCCAUGCUCCACCACCCCCACUUCGCGGUGGUGCAAACACUUCCGGAACAUACCCACGCACUACUCGCUUUGCACCAAACGGCGCACCAUUACCUUCUGGACCCAAAGCGGACGUGGUCAUGGGUGGCAUGGGUGAGUUCGACAGGGGACCGAAGCCUGGCAAUGCCUACCUUGCAGAUCUUCCGCGUGUCAUCAGCGGCGGAGUCAAAGCACCCGAGCUCUACGACAGAGGACGCCUGAACAAGCUGGAGGACGAGGCGGAGAAGUUGCGACAAGUCAUAGAAGACAAGCAAGAACGCAAGCGCAAAGGAUUGAAAGAAUGGGCCAAGCUCAGUCGCGAGAGCGAGACUGCAAGUUUCAGAGCGCAACUGGCCGAUGAGAAUGUGAGAGCGCUUGCUGGGGAGACUGAUGGCGGCGCUGCAUUUUGA